AGUACCCAGAAAAAAGCUUUAAUCGGUGAACAAGUCUAACACACAAAUAUUUUGUUAUACAGAGAUUUGGUACCUUGUUAAAUAUGAAGACGAUGAAAAUUUAAGAGUGCUUGCUGAAGAUGAAAUUCGCCAUAUCUUCCCUGAUGAAGAAGAAGCUGGCAAUGAAAUGCAAAUUGGAGAUGUCGUUAGUGCUCUAUGGAUCCCCAAUGGCCAAUACUACGAUGCCAAGAUACUUAUGAAAGGAGGUGAGUAAAUUGUGUUUGCUGUUAAUGUAAACCAUCUCUUAACAGGACAUAGAUUAAAUUUAGAGUUUGGUUAUUUAAAUUUGUAGUUAUGUCGCAAGUGUGAACCAGGCUCAACUGACCAUGACAAACCCACAAUAGAAAAAACUUUUGUGAGUGCAGGGAAACCAAUUAAAAAAAUUACAACAAAGGUUGCUACAAGACAGGUUGAUAUGGCAUGAUAAAUAUUCCUAUCUGUUAUCAAAUGUCAAGAUCAGGUUGAGUGGCAGAAUUGUGUUUAAUUUGUUAUCAUCAAAAUACAUCUUUACAGGGGAUAAAAAUGAGCUUAUGAGAGAGAGGUUGAGGCAAGAAAAAGCAAAAACAAAUGGAGGCAAGGAAAGAGAAGCACAGCAGAAAAGAAAAAGUCAGGCGGAGAGUACAGGUGGCCAGAAAAAGAAGAAAACAACACAGAAACAAACAGAGAGUACUAAAGAGAAAGAGCAGAAGGCAAAAGACAAGGAAGAGAAACAAAAGAAAAAAGAUCAAGAUCAAGAAAGACAAAAAUUCUUGUUGGAAGCGAGAAAAGCCCAGGCAGCAUCCCGAUGGGGUGCAAAUGAUGAGGUUACCAAAAGAAACCCUGCCAAUGCAGCCUUCACACCUCAACCAAUUCGCCAAACAGGUUCCCACUCUUCUACACCAUUGACUCCAGCUAACACAACUUUAUCAUCGGACAGAACCGCAAACACUUCUGAAUCAACACCACAAGAAUCUCCACCAGUCAACCUUACCUUGCUAGCAAAACGUAACAUGCCUACAAAAACAACAGCCAGUUCAAAGUCAAAAGGUACCUGUGAGCCAAGGAGGGGCCUUCAUUUUCAAAGCGCCAUUGCAGACAGUAGCGAUGAAGAAAUGGAUGAGGAGGUGGAAAUCAUCCAUGAGGAGAAUGACAUUGAUGUUUCCAGUAGUAAUUGCUGCAAAGAACAGAGGCUGGAAACAAAGGCCUUAAGAAAGCGGUUAGAGAAAGUCCACAAGAGACUCAGUAUAGCAUGUAAGUUUCUAUUAUGAUGUAUUACUUUCCAUACACAGUGUCACAACUUGAAAAAAUUGGCAAACAUUUUCAAGUUGUAAUCCAUUUCCACCCUUGCAGUCUGCAGCAACAGUAAACGGUCUCAGUGCAGUAAUAUAGUCUUUGGUAGCAAAACAACACUAUUAUUUUUGGGGCUUCCAAUGAUGUGAAGACAUUUCAGCUUUUUGAACUGCUACUAAAAUAGUAUGACACUGCCCCUUUAAUGGAAACCAAUACAAAAUAGUAUGACACAAUUUUCAAACGAGUACUCCUGAUGUGUAGCAUAUUCAGGUAUACUCUUAAACUGUAAUCUGCUGUAAAAUAGCAUGACCAGUUUCAACAAAACUAAUUUAUUUUUAUUUUCUUUAAUGUCACUGACAGUAAAAGCAAAGACAACUGCAGAAGUGGUGAACAGCCGACCUGGAGCUGGUAUUCUUGACAAUGCAUUGGCUGCAGAAUACAAGGUACAAAACACUUACAAAUAUAAAAAUUAUCUUAAUUGUUUAACACUGAAAAACAAAUCAGCUUUCCGCCCUGUGUACUGUGACAUUGGUUUAAAAAGUGAGCAAACUUGAACUUAACUACUGACAUUGCUGUCAAUUCAAAGACUUAAAUUCAAAGAUUAAUAAGAAUGCACACAGUAUCAAGCUUGGUCAAAUGUCUUGUUCUUUUAAGUGUUCUUGUUUAAAAGUGUGUAGCCCAACAUAUCACCAGUGUUCGUAGCAUUGUAUGGGCCAGAGGAAAGUGUACAGUGCCUGAAUUAAGCAGCACAGGACUGCAAACACUAUGCAAUAAGUUGGUGUUCCUUUUAAGCCGUAGUAUGAGGUUCUAUUGCUUUUUAAGUUUUUUCCUUCAAAAAAGAUUUUUUUGAGUAGUUUUGGCAUUAUUUGAACAACUUCCAUGGCAUGUUUUAGCUGGCCAGUCAAUGACCAUACCACCUCUUACAAUUCCUGAUUGUCCUGUCAGACCAAGAUAUGCAGAAAUAACAGAGAAGAUACGUAUUAUCUAACAAAGCUGUCAAUUGAAAAAUUAAUAAAAACAUUGUCAAGUGGCAUAUAUACAUGUAAUGUCUAACUUCUGUCUUUAAUAUUUCCAGAUGGUAGAAAUAAUGGAGGGGUCAGGAGUCUUUUGGUACCCUCACCAGCGAGCAUACUGCUCAGCGUUCAAGUCGUGGCCAGCAUAUAUCAAUGCUGCCAUUGAUAUAUUCUUCAACAAAGAAACACUUGCUGUUUCAAAUGCAAGAGGAAAUGAAAGAAAAACCAAGAAUGGUGACAUCAACAAGUCAUUGACUCCAAUGAUCAUUGAUGCCCUCAUUGGUAAGUUAAUAUGCUCUGUUUCAGUUUUAUUCAGAAAACCAUUAGGUUCCCAAAAUAACAUUCCCCAAAACCAGUGAUUUAAUUUGGCUGUUGUUAAGCUUGGGUUAGGUUUCUUAAUCCUAAAGUAACAUACAACUACACGGGUCAUUAGUAUUAGAACUCUAAGGUAUACUUUAUAUUAAAAAUAAAACUAAAUUAAUGACAUCUAUUAAGUUCAUUAUCAGAACUUAAAAUGGUGUAUGUCUUAUUUUAUUGAACACUUUACCAAUAUAUAAAAACUGGCUCACAACAUUAACAUGACUUUAAACUAAUAAAUUUUCAAUUUUUUUUUCAGGAGAAGUUUGUUCAAAGUUUGCCAAGGACUCUCCUGUUCCGAGUCAAAUUAUUCAGAAAAUAAAUAUGAAAUGCGUGGAGGCGAGGCGGCCACAAAGAAUAAGAGUUCCACUUACAACAAAAGAAAAAAACAGUUCUGAUGUGCCAGUUUGA